CUCGCGGACUUCACCCGGUCCACAACGUGGUAAUUGUUGAUCGGUCGCCACCAGAGGAGAAAUCUCAAUCAAGGAAAACAAAAAAAAUACAGAUGGGCAAUCCUCGGCCUCGCGUCUUCUUCGACAUCGGGUUUAAUAACCAGCCCGCGGGCCGCGUCGUUUUCGAGCUAAGGAGCGAUGUAGUUCCAAAGACUGCAGAAAACUUCCGUGUACUUUGCACCAAGCCAAAGGGUGAAGGGUUUAAGGGAUCAGUAUUCCACCGAAUAAUUCCUGAUUUUAUGUGCCAGGGUGGAGAUUUCACAAAAGGUAACGGCACUGGUGGCAAAUCAAUCUAUGGUAACAAAUUUCCAGAUGAGAACUUCAUACUUAAACAUGAGUUUCCAGGAACAUUGUCAAUGGCAAAUGCUGGGCCCAAUACAAAUGGAUCACAAUUUUUUAUCUGUACUGCAAAAACUCCCUGGUUGGAUGGAAAGCAUGUUGUGUUUGGGAACGUCGUAGAAGGCAUGGAUGUUGUGAAAAUAAUGGAAUCAAAGGGAUCUCAGAGUGGAAAGACGAAUGUUGUUGUUAGUAUUAUGGACUGUGGUGAGGCAUAACGGAACCAUUCCUAAUAGCUGUUCAAGGAAAGUCUCUCUAUCCAAUGGUACUGUCAUAAAGAUGACAGAAUUCAAAUUGUCAAGUUAAUUAUGUGAUUUGUACAUUUCCAAACAACCUGAGGCUUUUGACCAGGUUGGUCUAACCCAUCAAUUUAGUGAUCUGUAGUAGUGCUUGGCUUCAUUUAACUUUCUGGUGUAUAAUGGAACUAUUCAUUAAUUUUAGCCUCGUACUAAAACACUUCAUUCAAAUAAAAGUAUACACUUGCUCACCAAA